CCUCAUGAGACCACUCCAUCCCCAUAGCGUGCCUCAUACAGUGCCUCCUUCAGUGCCACACGAACGCCAUAGCCAGCCAUCAUGAGGCGCCAUCAAGCACUCCUUCUCGUGGUUCUCUUCGCUUUCCUGCUGCCUGCCCUGCGCGCCCAUAAGGUAGAACACGACAAAUUCAUCAAGAAACACGAAGACGAGGCCGAAGCCAGGGAACUAGAAUCAUUAGAAUCGAAUGAAGAAGACGACGACGACGAUGAAGAAUUCGAUCUCGAAGAAGAGAUGUUCGGAAACCACGACCGACGUAAUGAGGGGAUCAACCUUCUGGACGAAAGCAUGGAUGUGGUGCUGAGCGAACCUUCAGAUCGUGUUUUGCGCGCUCUGGCUGCUCCCGAGGGUCACCCCAAGAAACUCUCUUUCGAGAAGGUGAAGGAAGUGCAUCGAGAGAGAAUGGCGAGGCUAGCCGAAGAAAACGUGGACCGUUCUCCCCUCCACCAAGAUUUUCAGGAAAUGUUGGAAAGGGAACACGAGGCGGUUGAGGAUGACGACAACGAAGGAUUCCUGAACAAAGUCCUCAGAGUGAUAUGGUAGAUCCAGCGGACGCGAAAAUAUGCUUGAUAGAUUUUCUGACUUAGUUUUCACUCAAAGAAAUAUAAUGGACAGAUAAAAAAACACAUUCGUAAAUAUAUGGGCUGAACAAUACACCCGGAUGAUUUGGGAUUUGUUUUCAGAAUUCGAUUUGUCAGUGUCAAAAUUAAGGUUAGAAUAAAAUGGCGGGAAAAUUUAAAAAA